AUGAUCGGGAGGUGGACUGGGGAGGCAAAACGUAAGCGGGAAGGGAUCACCCGCAACAUUCAGAACAUUCAGAACGUGGAUCUGCACCGAGCCGAAUGCGGAAAUGCAGUUGAAUCUUCGCAAAAUGCCAAGAUGCUUCGCUCCGAAGUUGACGCUCCCGCAUUUGGACCGCUUUCUGCGAUCCCGAAUGUAACCCCAUUCAACGCGGCUACCGCGCCAUAG